GAAUUCCAGUUCCCACCGAUGCCAGGUGGUACUUGGGAGUCCCCUAGUGGUCAAGGCUAUUUAAAGAAGUCUUACGGCCUUGACCUCAUCUCUGUGAUGCUGGUGGAAAAACAGCGAGGCAAUAUAACUGAUCCUUAAUUAAACAAAAAUAUCCCUGACAUUUCAGGUGCUUCUAGAUAGUGAAUAGAGAUAAAGCAGUUGCUGCCCUGUCAGAUCUGUACCUACUGCAUUUUUGCCCUUGUGCUGAACAGUCCCUGCACUCUGCUGAAACUGUACCCCUAAAAUAAAGAUUUAAGAAAUGAACUGCAAAUUUCCUGUAAAAAGCAUAACCACAAAAUAAACACUGAUUUUUUGUCCUUUAUAAACUUUUGUAAUUCCAUAAAGAUAUGAUUUUGCAAAACUAACAAAGGUUAUUUUCCUCCAGAAAGUUUCCGUGCCAACCAUAUCAAUAAUACAGUCUCAAUAAUAAAAUUGAGUUUUCACUUCCUGCUAAAAUUCUACACUAGUUUCUGUCACGUUGCUAGUUGUAUAUCCUUACAUGAAAUUCAGUAGAACUGUCCUGCAAGGAAGGCACUGAAAUGCUCUUUCCCUUUAAAAAAGAUUACAUAUUUUGAAUAUAUUUAAAAAUCUGACCGCCAGGGACAGUCAUUUCCCUGUCAGUAAGGAUCCAAGUUUGAAAUUGCAAUUGAUGUCCUGCUCCAUCCAGAAGAAUUAAGUCUGCUUGAGACAAGAGUUAUAAGGGUACUUUAUUUGACUUAUUUGAUUAUUUGGUCAUGUCAAUCAGCUUAAUGUUCCUAAUGUAUUUUUCUUUCUCCAAUUUUGCUGCUGAUCCAGCCCCUGUUGCCAGUUCAUUAUGUGCACGAUACACCCAUCGGGCAGUUGUGAUCACUGGAGGACUCCUGGCUUUUUCAGGAAUGGCACUGGGAUUUUUUGGAUUCAACAUGGUCUGGAUGUAUGUAACGACUGGCUUCCUACAGGGUCUUGGGAUUUCCUUUUCAUGGACACCAGCCAUUAGCAUUGUUAGCCAUUAUUUCUCCAAGAAAAGGGCUUUGGCCAAUGCUAUUGCCAGCGCUGGAGAAUGUGCCUUUGCAUUCACAUUUGGACCGUUUUUCCAGUGGUUGAUUAGUCAAUAUGGAUGGAAAGGUGCCCUCUUGAUCAUAGGUGGCAUCCAACUCAAUAUUUGUAUUGGUGGAGCACUGAUGCGACCCCUGGCAAGCAGCUGCCUCCUUGAGGCUCACCAUUCCAAAACUCGAACACCACCUGGCAAGAGUGCAUCCAGGAUAGACAAAGAAGAUAAGUCUCCUAUCACACACAAAACCUUCAAUUGGAUGCUUCUGAAGCGACCAGAGUUUGUACUUUAUGCCAUUUUUGGCAUAUUAGCUGCUAUGAGUUUUUUUGUUCCUCCGUUAUUUUUAGUUCCAUUUAGCUACAGCCUGGGAAUAGAUGAAUCAUGGACUGCAUCACUCCUAUCCAUUUUGGCUAUGGUGGACUUUGCAGGCAGACUGCUGUGUGGCUGGUAUGCCAAUCUCCACGUUACCAAAACCAUUCAUUUGCUGGUGAUGACAAUUACACUGAUCAGUACUUCCCUGAUGCUGUUGCCACUGGCUAACAAUUAUGUUUCCUUGGCAAUAUUCACUGGCUUCUAUGGAUUCUUCUUUGGUACGACAGUCGCCAUUCACAUUACAGUGCUGGCAGAUGUUGUAGGCAUGCCAGAAUUUGACAGUGCUUUAGGGCUUUUCAUGCUCAUUCGAAGCUCUGGAGGUUUUGUGGGGCCCCCUCUUGCAGGUCUGAUUGUGGACAUGGCUGGAGACUACAGAGCAGGCUUCUACAUGGCAGGAGCCACUCUCAUCCUAUCAGCUGGAUUUUUAGUUACUUUAGAUCAACUCCAACAGAGAAAAGAAAGAGAAAGCCAGACUAGUACUAAACCAGAAAAGUCAACAUUAUCCUACCCUUCCCUCCAUCUCCUGAAACACAACAACAGAAGCUAUUGAGAACACAAUGUAGUGGUGUAA